AAUUCAUGCAAAUCCAUAAGCAAAAAUUCAUGGAACUAAAUUCAGAACGCAUCUAACAAAGUGCAGAUCUAUGGUGCGGACCAACGGACAGACGGAGAACCAAUGAAGAGCAAUGCAACUCCACGAAGACAAACUUAAAAAGUCCAACGGCAGAUAAUUGAAAACGUGGCACCCAAUUAAUUAUAACUACUCACUACUCGUACAAUUCAAAAUAAAUCAUCAAUACACUUUAUAUUUUACGCCACAUCGUAAAAUCGACAAAGUUAGAAGCACGCCGUCAUCUUCUUGAAAGUUGUGUAAGGAACGACACACUUAUUUGACAAUAUGGCGAAAAUUGUGGAUUUGACUUAUAAAAAUCGGGACCACAUGACUUUGCGGUCAGCUUCUUCACGAAAGGACUCUCAAGAAGUGCCUGUUGACCCCAACUCCGCUAUGUCUAAAGCCCUGACGAAUCCGUUGGUACUCGACCUUAUCUUCGGCAAUCUCGGCCUCCCCGACCUGAAGACGUCUCGGCUAGUGUGUCGAGAGUGGAACGACGUCGGCGCUACUUUCUUAGGAAAACGGGCUCUUCUGCAGGUGAACAAGCUGUUUUCCUACGAGGGGUCCGAACCAGCCAAGAUGACCACUGUCAACGAAAAACUGAUCCGGCGGCUCCUCAUAUCGGAGAAAUUUGACUCGUCCAUUCCGACAAAUAAGAAGACAGAAGUAAUGAUAAGAGCUCUCACCCAUGUAGAAAAAGUGUCCGAACUAACUAGUGAAAUUAAAUUCCUCGUCACCCAGAAGGAAUUUAUCUCCGCUUUCCUUGAAGGAAUUAGGCUUUUAGGAUCCACCAAAAUCGAACACGUGGGGAUCUUCCGCUUCUGGCGAGGCCAUAGCGUCAACACAAUUCCAGCCCAGGAAUAUCAAAAACUCCCUCCUCAAUCUAGCUUGACAUCCCUCAAGUUCGAAGCCCUCUCAGACUUUCAACAUGACGGCAAUGAAUUUCGACCCCUGAUCCAAAUCUGGCUCGAUUGUGCCCCCAAUUUGACCAGUUUAGACAUCGCGACGACUUUCUAUCCUAAUUUGGACGGCUGCACCAGUCUCAAAGUGCUGAAAUUUAAAUUAGUUAAGUGUUACAAUGAGCAUUACCGUCACCUCAAUGUGACCAUGAUGUUGUCACAAGUUAAGAACUCCUUAAUCAAGCUGGAAUUGGACCAUUCUAUGCAUAACUAUGUUGCCUCGGAGCAGAUCCAAACUGCUGAGGAGGUUCCAGUGAUGUCUGAACUGACCUCUCUCGCCAUCCAUGCCGUAGAUGUUUACAAAAUUGGUGACUUUUUUAAUGAGAAGCACUUGCCAAAAUUAAGAUCUUUCUCUGUCCGAAACGGAGUAGAGAAGUCGUCGUUGUUCUCCCAUCUAAAAUUGUGGAGCCGACAUAGAGGAGUCCACUCUCUCGCAUUGACCAUGGAUUCACCCGCUUGGAUGGUGCAAGAAUUCGGAAGAACAAUGAUCGAUUUAUUUCCCGCCGUUAAGGAAUUGGAUUUGAGGCUGAAUAUAACAUUUUUUUUUUCACUUGCGACAUAACGACAACGGUUCUCGAUUGGAUGCCUUUGUGGACGUCUGCCGCCAUCAAUCGGUUUAUGAAACCGUUCGAAAUGUGGGAUUUGGAACGGGUCAACGUCUCUGUGGAAGUGAAGGAAUCCGCCUUGUUGAUUGAUGCCCUCCAAGCUAUUUCUGUUUUGAAAGGAGUUAAAAAAGUCCAGUUCGGCGUUCCGUACAUUCACAACACGAUGGAUAACAUUUUUGACAUCUUUCAAGAUGUCAUCUUGCACAUUGGAUCAUUCAAAAGCGUAGGAAUUACGAUAAAUGAGUUGGCACCGGAAAUAGUAGAACGACUACAACUCAUCGGUGAAGCCAGUGGUGCGCCCAUCCAUUUUAUCGGAAGGAGUGAAUGAGAAUUAAAUGAGAAUGAGAUAUAUUAGUAUGACAUACUACUAUUAAUACAUAGUGUUUAAAAAUAUAUAAAUACUAAAUAAUAAUUAAAUAGUAAUUACUAGUUAAGUUGAAGGUUUCAGUAGUAAACCAAAAUUAACAAUUUUUUGAUAAGCACAAUAUACAAUAAUGUUUCUAUCUCCUGAAAAGAAUGAGACAGCUUCUAAGUUCCUAAAUGGAUCAUAAUGAGAUUCUAAUUUGUACAAAAGCUGAUAAUAAUGCCAUAACUGACUUAUUAAGUAAUAAACAUGACACAAUUUAUGUUGCCUUGUUGACCACGACGAA